AUCAGGGAUUCAGCAGACUCAAAGGUGAACAAUUUCCGUGUAUUAAUGCACAGGAAGCUCAUCAAAACCAGUCUUCGCUCAGCAAACGAAAAUCAAAGAGACGCCUCGUCGAUUCUGAUGAGGAAGAAUUUGAUAAUGCUGCUGACGCUCACUUUGAGUCUUCGCGCUUCAAACGCUCUCGUACUGCAGAACUAGAACCAGAACCGACAGGCCAUGAACAUCAUUAUAUGGAUAAUGAUAUGGAUGUAGAUGUUGAUGGGGAGGUGGAUGCGGACGAAGAAACGCGUUUUCUAGCACACGACCCUAUGGAUCAACAUGCCGACGCUGGCACCGCUCCAGUCGCUCUCGGUCAAGCUCGGAAGAAGAGUAAGGUGGAUCCGAGCGCGAAGCGUAUAAAGGCGGCAGGUUCUGUGACAGGAACGAAGAAGACGAAACAAGCGGUAUUCUCCGACGCAGAAGAUGCUGAAGUCGACAUUGAUGACCUUGUGGAUGAAGAUGAUUUUCUUGACGAACCUUUCCCAGAUGUCGAAGACGAGGGGUUCGAACCUGAAGCUGCACCAAAGCGUGGUGGAAAAGCAAAGGCAUCUUCGUCCGCGAAGAGAAAACCUACCAAGAUCAAAUUGGUGUUAGGAAAGGGUGGCAAGCCGAAGGCUGGCAAAGACAAGGAGAAAGAGAUCAUGAUCAAGGAUGAGCGCAAAAUUCCCCCUUCUGGCACCCUAUCUGCGUCUACUAGCGUCACAGCCCAGAGCCAGGUCUCUGAUCUCUUUGCGGAUGAUGAAUCUUCCGUUCGUCCACCAUCGGUGGCCGAUCCUCCUGCCGCACCUGACCAGUCUGCUUUUCCGCUGCCAGAACUGAAGAAGCGCAAACUCCCAACAAUUAAGAAGAAUAAAUCUUCUACCUCAGCUGCAACUUCCGCUCAAUCCCAAACCGCCGCUGCACCCUCUAAGCCACCACCCUCGACUGAUGACGUGACAAAAAUUGGGGCUCCUCAUCCGCAACGUAAGGCUGCAGGUCUCAUGGGGGCAGCAGACUUUGACUUGCGAGACAAAAGCGUGUAUGCUGAGCUCUUCAAAGGGGCUGGUGGUAGUACUCCUCGUUCUGGACUCAAUAGGAGAGAAAAGGAGGAAGAGCGACGGAAAGAGCUGAACAAGAUGCGUGAUGAAGCAAAGGCUAAGCGCGCGGAAGAAGCUAAAUAUCAUUUCGAUCUGCAGUCACAAGCAGAUCAGAUCGCCGGUUUUGAACAGAAACUUAGAGCCAACAAUUGCAUGGCUUUGCACCCCAACUUUCUUGCUGCCAAGUUCCGAGAGGAGUACGACAAGGAGAGAACGCGUCUACGACACGACAGGGAGCGGAGUCGGAGUGCCACGAAAGAGGAGGGAGAGGCUUGAACUUAGAACCUGAGGGCUUUCAUUUCUUGUUUUGCUUGACUUGUGCAUCUUGCUUUCGGACAUGCAACACUAAACUUGUAGAUACAUCACUGCAAUAUUACAAACUUCCUAU